AUGGAACGUAUUGAGAGAGAUAUCAAACAAUAUGAACAUGGGCUGGAAGAGCUUCAUGGACAGGGGAGCGGGGCAGAGCUAUCCGUAUCGAUCUCGAACGCUUCGAGGGCACUCAUGUUAGCAACACAUUAUCGGCUAGAUAUACCGAAAGUCUUUACUGCAGUUCCUCCUUAUACUGCUGUAAUCGAGCUGAAUACUUCCCGUGAUGGGCUUAUCAUUCUGGGAAUCACACGGAAAGGCAUUGAGGUAGUUCACGAAGAGCCUACUGGUGAACUCGAACUACGCAGGAUGGCUUUGCCCUACGUGAAGGCUCUACGAAGUGGUGGCGUGGGCCUCGAUGAAACUAGCCUCAUCAACAAAUUGGUCUGUCUCGCGGAAUUGGUGAUUGAUCCGCUUAAUGAACUGGGCUCGCGGGUCGACCACGUUGUCUUCGUGUCUUCUUCGACUUCCAUUUCUUUCCCCUUCGGAUGUCUGUUCUACCAAAACGAGCCGUUAAUUCUUGCCAAAGCUGUCUCACAAGUUCCUAGUCUUGCCGUGCUGGAGCGACUGGUCAGGCUGGAUGAAGAGCGAGCAAAAUCAACAACGGCAGAGUCAAAGCUUAUGACGAUCGUCAACUCUCACCAGCAAACCAACAGUGAAGCAGCACCAGUAGUGCUUGGAGCACUAGGCCCGUAUCGACUCUUUAGGACUCCGCCUCUUGCGGCAAAGGCAGUUGACGAAUCCAAAUUUGCAUGCGAGUACAAAAAAGCGACCAUUGUUCACAUCGGCACACAUGGCCAUCAGCCCCCGCUAUCACCAUGGCAAUCCUACCUCUCGUUGGCCAAUCAAUUCAGGGUAAUGGAGCUUGCCAAAUUGAAGACGCACGCUUCGCUAGUCGUCUUUUGUGCCUGUCUGUCUGGACUCGGAAAAGUAACCAACGGUAACGACGUGCUCGGUUUCUCUCAUGCCGUUUUGCAGUCCGGUGCACAGGUUUACAUGGGGGCGUUGUGGAAGGUCGGCCAGGUCGAAACGCUGAGGUUGAUGACGCUGUUUUACAGGAGGAUCGCGACACAAGAGAACGGCAUCUCCAUUGCGAAAGCAUGGCAGUACGCCCAAAUCACACUCUACAAUAUGACGAAAGAGGAAGACUUGAACUUUUGGAGGAGAUCAUGA